AUGCCCCAAAUUGCUGCAGUAGUAAUUUCAAGGAUUCCGAGUGCGUUGGCUUCUUUUCUUUCCCGCUUUACGAUUGACAAUCUAACUUGCUAUUUUCUUGCGGGAAUGUACCAGUACAGUCGAGAAGCGUCGCGAUCGAUAUCCGGUCAGCCCACCGUUUAUGAGAGCCAAAAUGCUCCUCCGACCAAACCCCGGUCAAAGCAGCCACGGUUCCAUGGCCCGACAAGCACGGCCUUCAACUUUGAUGUCGCAAAGUCGAGCUUGCAGACAAUGGGCAUCGCUCCGGUUGACGAUGCGACCCAGGAGCUCUUCACGACACAGGAUGCGACACCUGCACAGACACCUCCGCCAAAGUCGGCGUCCUACCCGCAGCUGCUCGCUCACCCCAGCAAAGAUCCGUUAUGGGUCAUCAAGCGUGAAGAAGCUAUUCGAUUGUGUAGGAACUACGAGGAGGAAAUAGGGCUCAUGUAUCCAAUUCUCGAUAUCGAAAAGCUUAUCGCACAAACCAAUCUUCUUUUCACGUUUCUCGAAGCUGCUGACCGGACGGGCUUCACCAAGCGGUUUAAACCCGGCACCGACUGCCUGAGUGAUGAUGACACGAGUAUCCUAAAAAUGGUGCUUGCGAUCACUCUUGUGUUGGAAAGCGGAGGCGAAAGCCCGUUGGGCUCGCGGUUUUAUAAUAGCGUCAAACACAAUGUUGAGGCUAACAUCUGGGAGCCUGGCGACAUCAAGGCUAUAAAACUACUUGCUCUUGUGGCAACCUAUCACUUUCACACCGACGAAGAUGCUCUAGCGUACCGUUUAAUUGGAAUAGCGGGGCGAAUGUGUGUUGAGAUAGGUCUCCACCGCCGGGAUGCUGUUCUGAAAGCUUUCACCACCGAAGAAGAGUUUACUGCAGUAAACAAGCUCUUUUGGUCAAUCUAUUGCUUAGACCGGCGAUGGAGCAUUGGGACUGGUUUACCAUUUACUAUUCAAGAUGAGGAUAUCGAUCCGUAUUUGCCAGAACCGGAUGACUCUGCUCCAUACUUGAGGUCAAUGGUCGCAUAUUGUCGCCUCAGCUCAAAGAUCUGGUAUUCCGGGGUUGGGUCCGAAGGCACGGUAACCAUAAAGAGAGAUAAAAUUGAAUUCUUGGAUUACCAGGUCCUCCAAUGGAUGAAACAUGUCCCGGAAGGACUCAGAUUCUAUUCCGUUGAGCCCUCCCCGAAUUCCGAACCUGUCAGUAGGGCGAUAAAGCGACUACGCCUGGUAUUGCAUAUUCGUGGAAAUCAUUUGCGAAUCCUCAUCUAUCGCCCCGUCCUGCAUUCUGCUACGAGCAUCAUGGAAAAUAUGCCGUAUGCACACACUGUCGUCGAUAUUGCAAAGGAUACGAUCCGCGUUCUAACUCGGCUCAAUCAAACGACAGACAUUUAUCGGUCCCAGCAAAUGCUAUUUAACUAUUUUCUCGUUGCUGCUCUAGCGGUACUAUUUUUAGCAGUCUCGCAUGCUCCAGUUGAAUUCAACCGGCAAGUUCGAGAUGAAUUCUAUAUGGCUCUGGAUUUGGUCAAGGGUUUCAGCACAAAGUCCUACGUAUCCAAAAGGCUGUGGAAAACUAUCAAAGGCCUACGAGAAAUCGGGGAAAAACUGGGUUUGUUCCCGCGAAGCCUCGGGACCGAGCCGAACGAUCCGCAUUCGACUGCCGCUGUAGCGAUGGCUGGGUUGGCCGGCCACCCGAUAGAGGUUUUGUCGGCGACCUAUUCAGGGGUAAAUCCAAAUGGUGAACUGGGAAACAGCCCUGUGAACGGACUCCAAAUGAGCAAUGAGUUAACGAAUCUAUUUGAGGCUAUGGGCGCCUAUGGAGGAUAUCUCCACACGGGCGGCCCGGAGGGGAUCAACGGGGAAUUUGUUAAUCAUGAAGGUGAAUUACAACAUAUUACUGAAGGGCUCCCUGCUGGGUUAGCGAAUGAGGGAGAAUUUUCGCGAAUUGUACGGGACCUGUUUUGA